UAAUUUGGAAACAGUCUGAAUUGUGUGAUUUCUUCUGUUUAAUUUCUCUGUUUUUCUUUUUUCAAUUGUAGGUAUUUCGUUUUAAUUACCUUAGUAAUCACUCUCCCAUAAGAUCUGUUAGUGUAGAUCUGCAGCAACACAAUAGUUUCCUAUUAAGGUUUGAGAUUUAUUGAUGUUAUAAUAUUCCACCGUUUUCAUUUUGUUUAUGGUGUCGGUGUUGCAGUGAAUUUAUCAUUUUUUUCAAUGAAAGAAACUCCAUUGAUUUCUGUUAUUGAAGAUUUUAAUCUCUAUGUUGUCAGCGAGAUGCCAGGUUCAGAUAUUUAUAGAGAAAGUGAUAUUCAACUGAAACCUCAGUUGAUGCCUUGCUUUCAAAAGGAAUUUCAAUCAUACAGUUCUUCAGGAUGCGUUGACGAACAUCUGGCUGAUCCUUUCAAGGAGGACAAUAUUAUGAACUCUUCAAUGAGUAGCCUUACAAGCCACAAAGAAACCACCACUAAAGCUGAUGAUACUAAUGCUGGCAAUGGAAAGGCCACAGUGUUGAUGUCAGACCAAACUGGAGAGGAACUCCCUUCUGUUUCAAUGAAUUUUUUUUAUGCCACUGCACGAGAGAAAGAAAUUGAGAGGUAUGGAGAGUUCCUGCAGUGUUUGUCUGGAAAUGUUGAUGAUCAUGUCGAGUCUGAUAUAUUAGGGGGCACAUUUUUUGGAGAACAGCACCAUGAAUUAUUUUCACCUCAGAAUAUUGAGUUGCAGGCUGCAGGUGGUCAACAUGAUAAACUUGGUGCUAGUUUUCAGAUAUUUCCUGAAUUUUUGCAGAGAGAUGAGGCAUGUAAAUAUUCUAAAGAGAGUUUAGGAUCGCUAUCAAAAGAAUCUGUUAAGGAGGCUGAUCAGCGCCAUCGUGGCAUACGUAGACAUUUGCAUUUCGGGGCUGCAAUUUCCUGCAAUCAUGCGGGUAAUGGGACUCAUGAGACAGCCAAUUUAUGCUUACCAGCCCGUCAGACAGACUUUGAGAAUUUGGUUCCACCUCAUGUUGAAACAAGAGGAAUCUCUGGCAUUUGGCAGGCCGGAAGUUGUUCCCAGACUGCAACAUUGUGCUCCUCUUUCUCCCCAUCUGCAUGUGAAUCUGUUAGAUCAGCUCAAAAUUAUGGAAACCGUGCUUUAUCAGCUUGUAUUCCCUCGGGCGGAGAUUUGCAUUUAAAUAGCUUUGUCAGAUCUGAGUCCGUGGGCUCAGAAUUUAGUACAAGUAUGAAAUUGGGAAGUAAUCCACACCAACAAGAGGAGACGUUAAUGUCUGAUAGGGACCAUUAUUUAUGCAAGGAAAUAGACGGUAUCCCAGUCUUAUCUUUUCUUGGGGAAAUUUAUUCUCACUUGGGAUAUGAACAGCAGGAGAGUCAAGCUGCUGCGGGAGCAGGUUCUUCCAGUUAUCAAUCUAGCAGUAUAAUGCAAACUCCAUGUGAUUCUCUGCAUUUGAUACCAUAUGAGCAGCAGGCAUCUCUGUGCAAGGGGACAAUGCCUUCUUCAGAAUAUGCUGACAUAGUUGAGUUCAGCCAAAUGAGCCCUGAGAGGAAUAGGUGGAAUACCUUAAUGUUUUUUAUUCAAACAUUCCGACUCUCAGUUAUACCCUUUCAAGUUGCUUACGUUUUGUAUUUGUUGGUGAUGUUAAUUAGGAAGAAGGCAAAAUACACCAUCAAGAGUGAGGGAUGUAGACGUUGCAACUGUAAGAAAUCAAGAUGCUUGAAACUUUAUUGCGAGUGCUUUGCUGCUGGAAUUUAUUGUCUAGAUACUUGUUCAUGUGAAAAUUGCAUUAACAAGCCUGAAUAUGAGGACACAGUUCUCGAUAUGCGACAACAAACUGAAGCUCGUAAUCCUCUUGCUUUUGCUCCAAAAGUUGUCAGUAAUGCCACCAACUCUCCAGCAAAUAUGAUGGAAGAAGGAAAAUGGAUGAAAACUUCCUCAUCCAGGCACAAGAAAGGGUGCAACUGCAAGAAGUCAAAGUGUUCUAAAAAAUAUUGUGAAUGUUUUCAGGGUGGAGUUGGAUGCUGUUAUGGAUGCCGAUGUGAAGGAUGUUACAAUCCUUAUGGAAACAAAACAGAAACAAUUUACAGAAGAGCUGAAAGAUGGAAUAAUCCAUCUCAGGAGCAGCUGGAUACUUUGGAGAGUCAUAAUGAUUGCAUCAAAGCUGAGAGACCUAAUCAAUUCUCAUCAACAUGGGAAGAACUUGCUGAUAUAGGCCAACUGACUCCACCAUCACAUUGUCUCUUAGGUGCAGUGGCCUCUUCAGGUUCUCUCAACAUAAGGGACUGUUCAAAAAAAUUUCUAGGUCAAUCGCAACAAGAAAGCAGCGUCCUCUCACCAUCUGGCUACCUUAAUUGGCACCAUUCACCUAGUAGUCUUACUCCAAAAUUAUAUGGAUGUGAGGCUCUGCCUGAGCUUAGUUCUGACAGCUUUUUCUGUAACAUGAUGGAGGAUGCUACACCUGAGACACUUAAGAACACCUGUACCCCCAGUACAGAAGGAGUGAAAUCUAGCUCACCUAAUCAGAAAUGGGUGUCUCCUCCAAAAAUUCGUUCACAUGAGUUAAGAUCAAGCUCGUCACAGGGGUUGAGAAGUGGAUGGAAAUUCAUUAUGCAGGAUUUGCCUUCUUUCCCUUCUCUUGCUCCAUAUAGUAAGUCACAGGCUGCAAUCCAUCAAAAUGAUGGCGAUCGUAAAGGUAGCACGGGCUACCAAUGACUGGAAUUUGUUGAGUGUGGCAUGUGAUAACUUCGUCAUUUGGAUUUCCCUUGCAACAUGUCUGCAAAAUAUGGGUUUUUUUUUACUCAAAGCUGAAGUGAGUUGUGUACUGUCCUCCAGGAUAUAUUCCAAAAUCAACUGCUCACAAGCUCAACCAUUUUGGCCGAGAAAUCUGGGAAGCAUAAUUUUCUCAAUAGUGCUAAACUUUAACCCCUUUCUUCACCUUUAUUUGGUUAGAUAACGUUACAGCUUACCGGUUGCUACUUAAAUUUACAACUUCAAGCAAUUUUUAAAUUCUCGUUGAUCACUCUGUGAUCAUCUGCUUAUAUUACUCUUUCAGGUACUAUUAUGGGAUUGUAUUUUAUUUUUUCUGAACGAGUACUCUUGUAGGUUAAUAAUCUUUUUUUGUGCAUGUGCAUAUACAUGAAUGCAACACUUUUCUCCUUUCUCCUAUUUCUAUUUUUGGGAUACAGUGAAUCCAAGAUCGAAGAUCUUGUCUUCCUU